CCUGGCCAGGCAGGGCUCGCCGGGGGCACGACUGGGGCUGGGACCAGUUCUUGUCCGCCACCACGGGAAGGAGCCAGGCUGGCCGGACCGGUGUUUUGCCGCCCUGGGGGGUGCCACCCUUGCUGCCGCAGGCAGGACACCUUCGAGUUCCCCCGGCGCUUCCCAAACCUCCCACAACCUGACCUACUUCCUCGGUCGACUCCGUCGGGAGGAGCCGCUGCGGGGCUCGGUGGAUGCCUCAGUGCCAGAGGUUGGGUGUUGUGAGCUUCCCACCGCAGGGACAUCCAUGUUCCCCAUCCCAUGCUGGUACCGGGCUUUUCUCUAAUUCUCCAUGGCAGCAGCACAGGGUCCUGUGACCUGUGAGCCUGACACCCGUGUCCUCAGUACCUACCUCUCCUCAGACCCUGUUGUCGGCAGCAUGGGCAGCGUGGGCAGCCUGGUGGAGAAGCAGGAUCUGUCCCCCCUGGAACUGCGGGCCCAGCUAGGGGGCUCACGGGGGUUUCGACAGCCUGAUGGCUUACUGCGGAAGGGGCCGAGCCAGCGGGAGCUCUUUGGCUACCUGCACGGGGCCAAGAAGGAGGUGCGGCCAGAGCGGAAACACCAGGCAUCGGGUGCCUGCUACAAGCGAGACUACGAGAGCGACCGCGAGAACCGGUCCCCUGAGCGCUGCUCCCGUGACCAUCACCGUGGCGCUGACUUCAGCAAGAGCUCCCUGCCCGAGAGGGGCCGCUUUGACAAGUGCCGUAUCAGGCCCUCAGCAUUCAAGGCGGUGGCUGGGAAGGGGCUGGUCUCCAUGCAGGGCCUGUCCUCAUCCAAAGGGCAGAAGCUGUCCAAGAGCAAUGGGAGUCUGCACACGCUGCUGUCGCAGAGCAGCACGGCAGCCUCGCAGCAUGGCCCACUCCGCACCCAUCUGCUCCAUGCCAUCAGCCUUGAUGAGGCCUCUGACUCCAGCCACAAUUCCAUCCAGAGCUUCCCCUCCUAUGGCUCCCGCCUCAAGCCUGCCCAGAGCCAGUUCAGUGCUUCCAUGGGCCAUAUCAACCAUAUUGGGGGCUCCUUGGACAGGGUUUCCCGGAGCCCCAGGGACCCCCUGGCCCCUGAGAAAGCGCCCCUGUCCUGCAAAAGCAUGGCCACACUGAGCCGGCUGCAGAGCCCUGGGGAGCCCCCGCCGCCCUACGAGUUCACCUAUUCACUGGAGGACGCGGUGAAGCAGCUGGAGGAUCGGCUGCAGGAGACAGGAGGAGAGCUGCGGCAGCUCAAGAGGAGCCUUAGUGAGACUGAAGACCCCUUCACGCAGGUGUUUGAGGACAAGCAGCGGCUGUGGCUGGAUGAGCUGGAGGAUCUGAAGCAGAUGUAUAUGGCCCGGCUGCAACAGGUGACACAGCAGGCACAGCGUGGGCAGAGGGCACUGCAGCUGCAGCUCUACAAGGCGCAGCAGGAGAAGAAGCGGCUGCAGGAGGAGCUGAGCAUGAAGCAGUGCCAGUGUGAGGAGUCUAAGCUCCGGCAGUCCCAGGGCGAGCGUGUCAGCCCCAAGCUGGAGGAAACCAAGUGGGAGGUGUGCCAGAAGGCAGCAGAGAUUUCCCUGCUGAAGCAGCAGCUGCGGGACACCCAGGAGGAGAUGGCUCAGAAGCUGGGUGAAAUCUUCAGCCUGAAGACACAGCUGCGGGAGGCCAAGGCGGAGGUCCAGGCCAGGGAUACCCAGCUGGCACAACUAGCAGACUCCUUCCAGAGUCCCCCGGAACCUGGCACCUCACUGCCGCUGAGCGAUGACCCCAUGCCAGCAUGCCAGGACUUCCCCGGCUGUGAAACUGAUGACUCCAAGUGCCGGGGUCUUCACAGCGACACAGCAGAGCCCCUGGAGCGGCAGGUGGAGUGGCUGUGGGCAGAGCUGCUGCGGGAGCGGCGCCAGGGCCAGCUGCAGGCUGUGAACUUUGAGCUGGAGAGGAAAACCUGGCAGGAGGAGAAGGAGAAGGUACUGCGGUACCAGCGGGAGCUGCAGGCCAGCUACAUGGAGAUGUACCACCGGAGUCAGGCAUUGGAGCGGGAGCUGCGGCAGCUGCGGUCGGAGCCUAGGGAGGUUGAGGCCGAUUCACCAUGGAUUGAACGGGUGGAAUCCUCAAAGAUCUGAGUGGGAUGCCAGUAGGACUGUGAAAGGGGAAGGUCUCUUGCUGCUUCAACAGGAUGAUCUCAGGGUCUGCACAAGAACUGGCCACUCGGUGCUGCCCUGAGCAGGACUGAUUGUGACAAGAGAGCUUUUCAUUCUUGCAGUGCUUCAGGCCCUUCUGGGGGUCUCUCUAGAGAAGGGGGGGGGGGUCAUCUGUGCCAGGGUAGGGGUCUUGCAUGUGCCCCAUGCUCUGACUCCAGGAGCGUUUGCCCUGUGAUUCCUUCUGCUAUGUGAGCAGAAACCAAGCGCCCUGUGAGACAUUCCCUGUCCCUCCUGAUCUGCCACCUCUGUUCCCUACAACCCUAUAACUUAAUGUUCUGUAAGGAGAGGCUCAAGCCCUAUCCCCAGCCCUGCUCCCUUGCUGUGGGGGUUCCAGCUGCUCACAGCAGUUGCCCUGACAGUAGGGUAAUAGAGCCAGGGAGGUGGUGGUGCCCUGGGCCUGCACUGGUCAGUGUUGGUGCCACCGGGAACGUAUAGGAGGAAAGCCUGGUAAGCGCUGGUACUGCUGGGAAGUGGGAGCAGCUGUCCCAGAACCUGCUGGGGCUCUCCAGGUCACUAGCAUUAAGGGCUGCUCUGCAGUGGAGGGUGGUUAAUGCAGUGUCCCAGUACAGAACCCUUGAACUUAAUGACUGAGUGCCUUGUGCAAGAAGAGAUGAGAACCUGGUGCUCUGAUGCCCUGGGAGACCUUUGGGAAGGGGAAGGAGGACUGGGGCAUAUGGGCUGUGAGCUGUGAUCUUCCCCAAGAUGGGAAGAGGCUGGGGUAGCCCCGUGUCACCCUUCCUUGGGUGGGUGAGGGGUAGCUGAAGCGCUGGGCCAGUGCUGGGGGAGACUAAAUAGAGAAGCACGGGAAGGAGCCAUGCUCCGUGCCUGUAACAGUGGAGCCAUGUGACGGUUGGGCCUGGCCCAGCUCUCCUCUGCCUUUCCUGCAAUAAAUUCGAAUUUCACUU